GUGGAUGUCUGUAUUUAUUUGUUAAGUCUGACAACUCUAGCAUGGAAGAUCACACCAGAGAAAGGAGACGCUGAGUUAAAAAGUAAAAACAUCCUUGGAUUUAAGAGCAUGAGCCUGCAGCUAAGGCUUCUUGGGUUCGCAGGAUCCACCACUUACAAUUGUGUGAUCUUCAGACAGUUACUUAACCUCUCCUGGUUUCCAUGGUAAAACGGGGAGAGUAACUUAACUGUGUGAGAUUGUCAUAAGGUUUAAUAAGUGACUGCUGCUUACAAGUGCUUUCCUACGGCAGCGUCUGUUUCCCCUUAGCAGCUUGGCCGUGUUUUCUGCAGCUGCUUUUGGGUUCUCUGUCCGCUCUUUGCCUACCCGCGUCAGGCGGGGCCCCACUCCGGCCUCUUCCGUGGCGCGAGGGACCGCGGAAACCACGGUAGACAGCACCCCCUUGAGUCGAAUUCCUCCCCUUUCGGAGGAACCCGGUUUCUCCUUUCUUUGCUACUCCCGGGCCAAUUCUGGGCAACGGCUGUUAUUUUCACUCAAGCCCAAGUUAAUUUUUCGGGGAGCUCUGGGGCGCGCACCGGCAGCUCCGUUCGCCCUGCGACUGAGCUGCGGGUCGCGGCCGGCGCCGGCCUCUCCGACGGCCAAUGUGUGGCUAGAGGCGAGCGCGAGGCUUUCAGCAAAGGCAGUCGAGUGUUUGCAGACCGGAGCGAGUCCUGUGAAAUCAGAUAAAAGAAAACAUUUAUUAACGUGUCAUUACGAGGCAAGCGCCCGGCCGGGGCUGUCGCACGCCCCGCGGGACACUUGGCUCCCUCCAGCUCCGAGAGAGAAGAAAGCAGAAAAGAGGCAGAUUCACUUCGUUUCCAGCCAAGUGGACCGGAUCGAUGGCCCUCCUGAAUGUAUCAGUAUAUUUGAUUUAUUAGAGAUGCCCCCUGGUGUGCGUGUUACACACACACACACCCGCGCGCACACACGCUCUGGCUCGGGUCCCUCCCUCCUUUCCAGCUCCUGGGCUAAUCCCACAUCUGUUUCAACUCUCCGCCGAGGGCGAGCGGGCGCGAGUGUGUGUCGGGUGAGUGUUCGUCUGUGUGUCCCAGCGAGGGUGCGCGCUCGGCGCCGGGAGCGCGGCCAGCGGGGUCCUGAGGCAUCGGGAGGCCGAGAGCCGCCGGGACCCCAGCUCUGCGUCCACUGCCCCGUCCCGAGCUGGACUUCGGGGCCGGGGCCGUGCGCCGCGGACGGGCAGGACCGGGUCGCGGGCCGCGCGUCCCCCGACCUGGAGAUCUGCGAGUAAAGAGGGACGAGGGACAAGAAACAGAGCCACAGACGCAACUUCAGACUCCUGCAUCCCGAAAGAAGCACCACAUCAGCAAAGAAAAGAAGAUGGGCUCCCAGAGCCUCAUGCUGUGCUUGCUGUCCGCAACUGUGUUCUCCCUGCUGGCUGGAAGCUCGGCCUUCCUGUCGUACUUCCCCAUAAGAGACAGGUUUCAUAGGGAACGCAGGAACAUCCGCCCCAACAUCAUCUUGGUGCUGACGGACGACCAGGAUGUGGAGCUGGGUUCCAUGCAGGUGAUGAACAAGACCCGGCGCAUCAUGGAGCAGGGCGGGGCACACUUCAUCAACGCCUUCGUGACCACACCCAUGUGCUGCCCCUCGCGCUCCUCCAUCCUCACGGGCAAGUACGUCCACAACCACAACACCUACACCAACAACGAGAACUGCUCCUCACCCUCCUGGCAGGCACAGCACGAGAGCCGCACCUUCGCUGUGUACCUCAACAACACCGGCUACCGGACAGCUUUCUUCGGGAAGUAUCUUAAUGAAUACAACGGCUCCUAUGUGCCGCCCGGCUGGAAGGAGUGGGUCGGACUCCUUAAAAACUCCCGCUUUUAUAACUACACGCUCUGCCGGAACGGGGUGAAAGAGAAGCACGGCUCCGACUACUCCAAGGAUUACCUCACAGACCUCAUCACCAACAACAGCGUGAGCUUCUUCCGCACGUCCAAGAAGAUGUACCCGCACAGGCCAGUCCUCAUGGUCAUCAGCCAUGCAGCCCCCCACGGCCCCGAGGAUUCAGCCCCACAGUAUUCAUGCCUCUUCCCCAACGCGUCUCAGCACAUCACGCCUAGCUACAACUACGCACCCAACCCGGACAAACACUGGAUCAUGCGCUACACGGGGCCCAUGAAGCCCAUCCACAUGGAAUUCACCAACAUGCUGCAGCGGAAGCGCCUGCAGACCCUCAUGUCGGUGGACGACUCCAUGGAGACGAUUUACAACAUGCUGGUUGAGACGGGCGAGCUGGACAACACGUACAUCGUGUACACUGCUGACCAUGGCUACCACAUCGGCCAGUUUGGCCUGGUGAAGGGGAAGUCCAUGCCGUAUGAGUUCGACAUCAGGGUCCCGUUCUACGUGAGGGGCCCCAACGUGGAAGCUGGCUCUCUGAAUCCCCACAUCGUCCUCAACAUUGACCUGGCUCCCACCAUCCUGGACAUUGCAGGCCUGGCCAUACCCGAGGAUAUGGACGGGAAAUCCAUCCUCAAGCUGCUGGACUCGGAACAGCCGAUGAAUCGGUUUCAUUUGAAAAAGCUGAAGGUCUGGCGGAACUCCUUCCUGGUGGAGAGAGGCAAACUGCUACACAAGAGAGACAGUGACAAAGUGGACGCCCAGGAGGAGAACUUCCUGCCCAGGUACCAGCGUGUGCAGGACCUGUGUCAGCGUGCCGAGUACCAGACAGCGUGCGAGCAGCUGGGACAAGUAAGAAGGCUCCCUGCCCUCCCGACGGCCCCUUCCACCUGCAGCCAGCCCUGGCCUGCGAAGCCCCGAGAGCUGCCGAGCCAGCAGGGCCGGGGUCUUCCAACGAGUAGCCCUUUGCUGCCGUGUGAUGCCCAAGAUGCUGAGAUGCAGCAGUGGCGGGACCGGACAGAGGGGUGGCGGCUACAGAAUGGUGCUCAGUGGACAUUUAUUCAGAACUGGGUACAGAAAGGAGCAGGCCUUGUCAGCCAGAGAGCAAGUGUUCUGAGGAGGAGGAAGACGAAGGACAAAGUCUGUGUGUUCAGAAUAGGCAUGGGGGGUCCCAGCCACAGAGAGGUGACCGACGCGGCUCAGGGAGGAGCCCUGCAAGGCAGGCACCGUCAUGAGGAUUUGCCCAAAUCGCCAGGGCCCACGCAUGUGCUCAAGGGUUUGCACCUGAAAAUACCAUUGCAGCGCCAGAGCUCUCGGCCGCCGGGCAGUGAAGUCCUGUCCCACGCCCCAUUUGUGUGGCAGGGAGGGUACAAGCCCAGCUACAUUCGCUAUCGCUCCCUCCGCUCAGUGGCCAUUGAGGCAGAUGGCAGGGCGCACCGCGUAGACCUGGGUGAUGCUGCCCAGCCCCGAAACCUCACCAAGCGGCACUCACCAGGGGCCCCUGAGAACCCAGACGACAAGGAUGGUGGGGACUUCAGUGGCACUGGAGGCCUUCCCAACUACGCCGCCACCAACCCCAUCAAAGUGACAAAUCGCUGCCACAUCCUGGAGAACUACACAGUCCGGUGUGACUUGGACCUGUACAAGUCCCUGCAGGCCUGGAAAGACCACAAGCUGCACAUCGACCAUGAGAUUGAAACCCUGCAGAACAAAAUUAAGACCCUGAGAGAAAUCCGAGGUCACCUGAGGAAAAAGCGGCCAGAAGAAUGUGGCUGUCACAAAAUCAGCUACGACUCCCAGCACAAAGACCACCUCAAGCACAAAGGCUCCAGCCUGCAUCCUUUCAGGAAGGGUCUGCAGGAGAAGGACAAGGUGUGGCUGUUGCGGGAGCAGAAGCGCAAGAAGAAACUCCGCAAGCUGCUCAAGCGCCUGCAGAACAACGACACGUGCAGCAUGCCAGGCCUCACGUGCUUCACCCACAACAACCAGCACUGGCAGACGGCGCCCUUCUGGACCCUGGGGCCUUUCUGCGCUUGCACUAGCGCCAACAACAACACGUACUGGUGCAUGAGGACCAUCAACGAGACUCACAACUUCCUCUUCUGUGAAUUUGCCACGGGCUUCCUGGAGUACUUCGAUCUCAACACAGACCCCUACCAGCUGAUGAACUCAGUGAAUACGCUGGACAGGGGUGUCCUCAACCAGCUACACAUACAGCUCAUGGGGCUGAGGAGCUGCAAGGGUUACAAGCAGUGUAACCCCUGGACUCGAGACAUGGACCUGGGACUUAAAGAUGGAAGAGGCUAUGAGCAACACAGGAUGGUUCAGCGUCGAAAGUGGCCAGGAAUGAGGAGACCUUCUUCCAGAUCACCGGGACGACUGUGGGAAGGCUGGGAAGGUUAAGAAACAACAGAGGUGGACCUCCAAAAACAGAGGCGCCACCUGACUGCACAGGCAACGAAAAAGCAUGUGGGUGAUUUCCAGCAGGCCUCUGCUGUUGGCCAGGAGGCUUCAGAAAGCAAGCACUCACUCUCAGCCAACAUGGCAGAUUCUGGAGGAUAACCAGCAGGAGCAGAGAGAACUUCAGGAAGUCUAUUUUUGCCCCUGCUUUUGCUUUGGAUCAUACCUCACCAGCUGCACAAAAUGCAUUUUUUCUUAUCAAAAAGUCACCACUGACCUUCCCCCAGAAGCUCACAAAGGAAAACGAAGAGAGUGAGUGAGAGAUUUCCUUGGCAAUUUCCCCCCCCCAAGGGUGAAAGUCAUUGGAAUUUUUAAAUCAUAGGGGAAAAACAGUCCUGUUCUAAAUCCUCUUAUUCUUUGAGUUUGUCACAAAGAAGGAACUAAGACGCAGGAGAGAGGCAACGUGGAGAGGCUGAAAACUGCAGAGUUUGACAGUGAGUCAGUAGCACAAAAGAGAUGACACUUAGCACUAUAAACCCUGGUUGCCUCUGAAGAAACUGCCUUCACUGUAUAUAUGAGACUAUUUACAUGUAACCAACAUGGGAACUUUUAGGGGAACCUAAUAAGAAAUCCCCAUUUUCAGGAGUGGUGGUGUCAAUAAACGCUCUGUGGCGAGUGUAAAAGAAAAUCCCUCGCAGUUGUGGACAUUUCUGUUCCUGUCCAGAUACCAUUUCUCCUAGUAUUUCUUUGUUAUGUUCCAGAACUGAUGUUUUUUUUUAAGAAGUUGAUGUCCCAAGUUUUGAUGAAACUGUAUUUGUAAAAAAAAAUUUUUGUAGUGUAAGUAUUGUCAUACAAUGUUCAAAAUGACAGCCAAUGACCAGCAGUUGGUAUGAAGAAACAUUUGACAUUUUGUAAAAGGCCAUUUCUUGGGA